CUUCUCUUGCUAGUGAUGGCAAAUGAAUCGAAUAACGAUUUCACAGACAUAUUAUCAGCUGCAUUAGAUGAGUCAGGCAUCACAGGAGAUUUUGAAGAUGAAUUUGAUGAAACAAGCACAUUUUCUCACCACACAGUGUAUCCAGGACAAUCUCAACCACUUAUAUCCAAUCCUGUAUUUAAUGGAGGGAUACCACAGACAAUUCCUAUUCCACAACAGAUUGGAGGCAUCAGCUCCCCAGCAUUCAGUCACCCAUUUCCACAACCAGGCAACCCACGAGCCCCUUUUCCAAAUAACCAGAUUCAAGUUUUUGUCACAAAGAGUCAUGAAAAUUUUGUAAAGAAUAUCAGAUACUGUAGAAGUCACCUGAGUAAACUCAGUGCAAGCUCCUCAGUGCCAACAAUUAAUUUAAAUGAUCUGUCUGGAAGGACCAAUGGCUCAGGUGUACCUGUGAGUGAUGCACCAAAAUCUGGACCAGAGUCCAUAAACUGGGCUAGUCUGGUCAAGAAGGAUCCAAAUACAGGUGCUUGUACAAUUAACUUGGCAAAUCUUGCAGCAGCAAGUGGUAAGAAAAUCAUAAUUACUACAACAACAGGCAAUCAAAUGACGGGGAGUGUCAUGAGCCAGUCGACUGGCACAGGUGAACAGAUUAUGUCAUCAGGUGUGAAAACAAACUCCCCGAUUCCUACAAACUUAGGGAGUGUGAGAGUGACACCCUCACCCUCUGUGUUGCCCAGAAGUGAUAUUCUGUCGGCUCAGAUUAUAUGAGACCAAGAGGAGGGGAACUGCCCCUUCCCCACUCUCCCAGUAUGGGCAGUGUCCAGCUAUAGUUCCUAUUCCCCCAGUGCCAUCAAUUCAGUUCAUUCCCCAAGUGUGUCCCUCAUACAAAGAAAUCCACCCUUACACCAUAGUAUGUCUACUUCAGCUCUCCCUGAUUCAGGGCAGCAUCGCUUACUCAAUGGACCUAAUGGAAGUAUUCCUCCAAAUUACAAAGCAAAUGUGACUCACAAAGACAUUUCAAGGUUGUGGUCUAACGAGGAUGUUAAACUAAAGAAAGUGGGUCCCUCUGUACAACAGCAAACUGCCCGGCAGAUGUUGGGAGGUGGCGUGUCCGCAUUGGAGGAAGAGGAAGUUGAGGAUGAGGUUCAAGAACUAGGACACGCAGAAACGUACAAUGACUACAUGCCUGUCAAAUUGUCCAUAGGAAUUAAACACCCUGAUCCCGUGGUGGAAACAAGUUCUCUUGCCAGUGUUGAACCUUGCAAUAUUUGGUAUAACCUCUCUCUGCCAGAGAACAUCAUAGAUAAUGGGGAGUUGUCAGCCCUACAGCUGGAGGCUAUUACCUACGCCUGUCAGAGGCACGAAAUCAUCAUGCCCAGUAAGGAGAGAGCAGGCUUCCUCAUUGGGGAUGGUGCUGGAGUGGGGAAAGGAAGAACUCUGGCGGGAAUUAUUUAUGAAAACUACUUGCUGGGACGAAAACGUGCAUUAUGGUUGAGUGUAUCCAAUGAUUUAAAAGUUGAUGCAGAAAGAGAUCUACGAGAUAUUGGUGCAGGUAGAAUUGAAGUACAUGCCCUCAAUAAGUUCAAGUAUGCCAAGAUAUCCUCCAAGGAAAAUGGUAGUGUGAAGAAGGGGGUGAUUUUUGCCACUUAUUCCUCACUGAUUGGAGAAAGUCAGUCCAGUGGGAAAUACAAGACCCGCUUCAAACAGCUUCUGAAGUGGUGUGGGAAGGACUUUGAUGGAAUUGUAUUUGAUGAGUGCCAUAAAGCCAAGAACCUGUGUCCUGUGGGUUCUAGUAAGCCCACAAAGACAGGUCAGACCGUCCUAGAGUUACAGAAUCGUCUUCCUAAUGCCAGGAUAGUGUACGCUAGUGCCACUGGUGCCUCCGAACCCAAAAACAUGGCCUACAUGACAAGGCUAGGAUUAUGGGGACCAGGCACACCUUUUUCUGAGUUCACUGAUUUCAUUCAGGCAGUGGAAAAAAGGGGAGUAGGUGCUAUGGAAUUGGUUGCCAUGGAUAUGAAGCUGAGAGGGAUGUAUAUUGCCAGGCAGCUUAGCUUUAAAGGUGUCACAUUCAAGAUAGAGGAAAUCCCACUUGCCAAGGACUUUGUUAAGAUCUACAAUGACAGUGUGAAAAUGUGGGUGACAGCACGAGAACGGUUCAGUAGGGCAGCCGAGUUGAUGGACGCUGAACAGAGGAUGAAGAAGAGCAUGUGGGGACAGUUCUGGUCGGCUCAUCAGAGGUUCUUUAAAUACCUAUGUAUAUCAGCCAAAGUCAACCACUGUGUGGAGAUAGCACGCGAGGCAAUCAAAACUGGCAAGUGUGUUGUGAUAGGACUGCAGUCCACAGGAGAAGCCAGGACCCUGGAACAGUUGGAGGAACAAGGGGGAGAACUCACUGACUUUGUGUCCACAGCCAAAGGAGUUUUCCAGACCUUGGUAGAAAAGCAUUUCCCUGCCCCUGACAGGAGAAAGACACUGGAUAUAUUUGGUCUUGGAGAAAUAUAUGGCAAGAAAAAAGAGCAGGAAUCUGUUCAGCAGAAAAAUGAAAACAACAAAAGAAAGAAAGAACAAAAAAAGACAAACAAAUCUAAGAAACAAAAGAGACACAAAUCGGAUUCAGAUGACAGCAGCUCGGAUAGUUCCGAUUCGGAUUCAGACAUCAGUGACUUGGAGUUUGACUUCCAAGAAGAUUCAGAUGACAGUGAUUCAGAUGUGGAUGACUUCAAUCCAUUUGGAAAUGAUUCUGACAGUGAUGAAGAUCCUUGGCUGAAAAAGAGCAGCAAGAAAACAAAGAAAAAAGAUGUAAAUAAAAAGAAGAAAAAGAAAUCCAAAGGAAUUGAUGUGGAUACAGAGUUUGACAAGGCAUUAGCUGCUGCAGGUCUACUGAAGAAAAAUAGUAUAGCCAAGGAGAAUGUCAACACUGUCAAUAACUCCAAUACUAAUAAUGAAACAGAAAAUGGAGAUGCACCACUCUAUAGCAUGGAUGCUGUAGAGCAGGCAGUGGCCAUGAAGAACGAGUUACUGGACAUGUUAACUGAAGUCGGGGAGAAGCUUCCACCCAACACGUUAGACCACCUGAUUGAUGAACUGGGAGGGACAGAGAGCGUGGCCGAAAUGACGGGGAGGAAGGGGCGUGUCGUUAACACAGACGACGGCAUCACGUACGAGUCACGCAGUGAAGUGGAUGUACCACUGGAAAUCCUAAACCUCACAGAGAAACAACGAUUUAUGGAUGGAGAAAAGAAUGUGGCCAUUAUCUCAGAAGCAGCCAGUUCUGGUAUUUCCCUCCAAGCUGACAGACGUGCAAUAAAUCAGAGGCGAAGAGUCCAUAUUACACUGGAGUUACCUUGGAGUGCAGACAGAGCUAUCCAGCAAUUUGGUCGCACACACAGAUCAAAUCAAGUGAAUGCUCCUGAGUAUAUGUUCCUAAUAUCGGAGUUGGCUGGAGAACAAAGAUUUGCUUCCACUGUGUCUAAAAGGCUAGAGAGUUUGGGAGCCCUAACACAUGGUGAUAGACGUGCUACAGAGUCCCGAGACCUGAGCAGAUUUAACUUUGAUAACAAGUAUGGCAGAACAGCACUGGAGGCAGUGAUGAAGUCGGUUUUGGGAUUUGAUGCUCCACUUGUACCCAUACCUUCUUCCUAUGAGGGAGACUUCAUGGAAGAUGUGAGGAAGGGAUUGGCUGGUGUUGGUUUGAUCAGUCUUGAUGAUCGUAUACUGGAAAAGGAUUACAACAACAUCAGUAAGUUCCUCAACAGAAUCUUGGGAAUGGAAGUUGCCCUUCAGAAUGCUCUGUUUAAGUAUUUCUCUGACACACUGACCGCCAUUAUCUUGGAUGCGAAGAGAAGUGGACGAUGGGACAUGGGAAUUCUGGAUCUUGGUUCUGGUGGUGAGAGUGUGAAGAAGAUUGAGACUAAAACCUUUGUGGGCAGUGCUGCAGCAAACACAGCUAAAACAGAGCUCACCACGGUCUCUGUGGAGAGAGGAAUGUCCUUCUCACAAGCUAAUGACAUAUGGAGAAAAUACACUGGAAUCGAUGAUGGUUUCUACAUAUCUUCUAUGGAGAGAAAUGUGAAGAAAACUGUGAUUCUAGCCGUGUUCUUUGGGACAAACAAGAAGAGGGAAAAAUUAUAUAAUGUCUACAGACCUAACACUGGAAGACAACUCCACCCAGAACCCCUAUCCAACAUCAAACGCAAAUAUAAAAAGGUAUUGCCUGACAUAGCUCAGCCGUGGUGGGAAGAUCAGUAUAACCUGUCUGCUAAAGUCUGUAGUCAUGCUUACUGGAGGGGGAGUUGUAAGAAGGCAAGCCUAGGGCUGCCAUGUGAGAUUGGAUUAAGAACUCGUACAUUCCACAUCCUGAGUGGAUCAGUCUUGAGUGUGUGGAGUAAGGUGGAGAGUGUUCUAGCAGCAAUGCCUGGUGGAUCCGCUUCUAAAAUGCAAAUUAUUCGUCUCAAAACAGAUUGUGGUCAGAGGAUAGUAGGCAAUUUGAUACCAGGAAACUGUGUAAAAGCCUUGACCUCAAUUCUGUCUGAGGGUUGUGACAAAAGUUUUACUGAAAAACAUCCCCAGCCUGUGGAUGAUGAUGAACACCUCAGUAUGCCGUUGCUGUUCUAAAGGUUCUAAACUUAUUGGUGCUGACGUCCUACUGGGGCUCACUCUGUGUUCUGUAGCAUUGUCACUGUUAAUGGUAGAUCUGCUUCAAAAUGUACUCGCAGAAUAAAAACACUUAACACUUUAACAAUGUACAAAAAGCUAUGAUGAGAAAUUGUGAGAUUUUUUUUCUGCAGAUUUAAAAUUUUAAUCCCCUUGCAACAAAGUUGCGAGGACUGUAACAAUUUAUGAGACUGUGAUUGUGUUGAGUUUCUAUCCCAUCCUUUGUUCUUUGUUCAUUAUGCUGUCUGUAUGUGCUUCCUGAGUCCGUGCUAUAGAUUAGGAUGCAAUACAAAAUGGUAUAGUUAGAUAUUUCAGUAUCAUACUUACUACAAAGAUGUUCGGUGAUUUCAGAAAGAGUUUGGGUCAAUGUGGAGUUGAACAUUUGUGAUCAGUUUUGAAAAUGUUGUCCAACAUAUUCAUUUGUAAUGUACACUGUGGUCCAUGUUUAGUCUCAUACUCAAAACGGCAUGCUUAGUGGAUAGUGAAAGAUUCUUCCUGCAUUUGGGUCAAAUAAUGAAAGACAUUGUUAGAAUAUUUCUCAAGAAAUGGGAUUCUUGGAAAAAUUUUCAGAUCAUAAGAGAUGCUCCACUUCGUGGUACAUUAGAAACCUUUCGCAGCUUUCUGUAUUUUAGGUUUUCUCUUUAUGUUUGUGCCGUUGAAAAUUUAGAUUGUCUGAAAAUCUAACAAGUUGCUGUUCCAAUUCAAGACUUGAAAAUUUCUGCAAGAAAUGUGUAAGGAAUUUCUUUUUAUGAUAGUUUCAUUGCAUCGAAGUAGCUGUAGAUAAAACCAAAUAAAGGGAUUAGAGUUUCUGUCUGUACCAAGCCCUAUGUCUUUCAGUUUGUCAAAUCACUUUGUGUUGAGGUCUGGCACAUCCAGUUAAAUCCAGGACAAUACUAGUCUUCAUGCGUGCUGUUCUUCAGCAGUUUGACCCUCUUGAUAAAGAAUUAAAAUACAAUAAAACCUUGUUAUGUCAAGCUACAUGGAAAAUUAAGAACUUUAAGAUAGCUGAGGUUUUGAGUUAUUUAAAUUAAAACACAAUAAGAAGUAGUUGUUGAUAUCCAUAUUCACUCUGACUUAUCCAUGAUGUUUCAUGUGAUGUCAAAGUUUGAGAUUCCAAAUUUCAAAUGUACAAUGUAGUUCCAAUAAAAAAAUA